GUGGGCGGGGCGGGGGAAGCAAACCUUGCCAGGGGCCAGAGGAGGGAGAAAGGGGAGAGAGGUGGGGGUCCUGCAGGACCCGGUGAUGACAGGCUGCCAGGCUUCCUGGAGGUGAUCAGGCCUCGGGAACACGACAUGGCACAGGCGGGACGGGUCCCCUCUCCUGGGGAUGGCCUGGACCAGCCCUGCGUGUUCAAACUGGUCCUCCUGGGAAGUGGCUCUGUGGGCAAGUCCAGCUUGGCUCUCCGGUACGUGAAGAAUGACUUCAAGAGCAUCCUGCCCACCGUGGGAUGUGCAUUCUUCUCCAAGGUGGUGGACUUGGGCUCCAAGUCUCUGAAGUUUGAGAUCUGGGACACAGCUGGCCAGGAGAAGUACCACAGCAUCUGCCACCUGUACUUUCGGGGCGCCAACGCUGCGCUUCUGGUGUAUGACAUCACCAGGAAGGAUUCCUUCAGCAAGGCUCAGCAGUGGCUGAAGGACCUAGAGAGGGAGUCCCCCCCAGGGGAGGUGGUGGUGAUGCUGGUUGGGAACAAGACGGACCUCGGCGAGCAGCGGGAGGUGACGUUCCAGGAAGGGAAAGAGUUUGCGGAGAGCAAGAGGCUGCUGUUCAUGGAGGCCUCAGCCAAACUAAACCACCAGGUGACUGAGGUCUUCAACGCUGUAGCCUGGGAGCUCCUGCAGAGAGAAGAGAAGAAGGAGGGACGGCAGCAGCGUGGAGAUGCAGGGCUGGCUCUGAAUGGGGCAUCUGCCGGGCAGGCCAGAUGCUGCCCCCACUAGCAGCAGCCACGUUAGGGUGGGGGGCCUGGGGAGGAUGCCCCCCAGGCCAGGAGGCUCAGCAGGGGGAGCCACUGCCUCCACCAAGGAUCUGAGUCACCAUCAAACAGGCUUGUUCCCUGAGUCCCAGAGGUUCUGGAAGCUGGCAUCUGCCAGUGUUCCCACUUCCCAGAGCCGGUGGGAAUCAUUCAGGAGAAGAUCCGGGGCUAGAGGGCUUCUAGGGCCGAUACAGAGAACGUUCACCUUUUAGCAUUUGUGGGCCCUGCUCCUGGGCUCCCAGGGAAGCUGUGCUUUAAUACUUACCAAGGUCAAAGUGACUCGGCAAAACCUUUCCAAAGCUUGGGCUGCAUUUCUGCCCCGAGCACGCACUGUGCAUCG